GCAGGAGUCCACAGGACCAUACACACACACACACACACACACACACACACACACACACACACACACACACACACACACACACACACACACAUACGCAUACUUGCUCACUCCACUGCAGCUACUGCAGUCUGAAUGAGUGCAAAGCAGAGAGCAAGGAAGCAGGAGUGUGAGAGAGAGAGGGGAGGAGGAGGAAUCGCUGGAGUUGCUACUUGUUGCUCUUUGAUUUUCUGUUUGAGGAUUGAGGAUGAUAAUACUUCUGCUCCCCUUGCAGCAGCGGGACCUUGUCUGAGAGUCUCCUCCAGAGAGGACCGGACGCCGACGCAGCGUGCCAGGCGGCUCCUCCGACAAGACCACACCCACCAUGGAGGCGACGACCACGGCCACCACACCUUUCAGAGUCACCGUGAGUACUGGGUUUCUGAGCCGGCGGCUGAAGGGCUCGAUCAAACGCACCAAGAGUCAGCCCAAACUCGACCGCAACUCCAGCUUCAGACACAUCCUCCCCGGCUUCAGGAGCGUCGACAAUGACAGAUCUCAUCUGAUGCCGAGGCUGAAGGAGUCUCGCUCCCAUGAGUCAUUGCUCAGCCCCAGUAGCGCUGUAGAAGCUCUGGACCUAAGUAUGGAGGACGAGGUUAUCAUCAAGCCUGUUCACAUGAGCAUCCUCGGGCAGGACUUCUGCUUUGAGGUCACCACCUCCACGGGGAGCAAAUGCUUCUCCUGCCGCUCGUCAGCCGAGAGAGACAAAUGGAUGGAGAAUCUGCGGCGAGCGGUGCAACCCAACAAGGACAACAGCCGCCGGGUGGAGAACCUGCUGAGGCUGUGGAUCAUCGAGGCCAAGGAUCUGCCCGCCAAAAAGAAAUACUUCUGUGAGCUGUGUCUGGAUGAUUCACUCUACGCUCGCACCACCUGCAAGCUCAAGACUGACAAUGUGUUUUGGGGGGAGCACUUUGAGUUUAAUAACCUACCGGCUGUCAAGUGCAUCACGGCCCACCUCUACAAGGACACGGACAAGAAGAAGAAGAAAGACAAAAACAAUUACAUCGGACUCGUCAACAUCCCCGUGGCAGCGGUUACCGGGCGACAGUUUGUGGAGAAAUGGUAUCCGGUGAGCACGCCCAGCCCCCCCAAGGGCAAGACUUCAGGGCCCAUGAUCCGCCUCAAGGCGCGCUAUCAGAGUAUGAACAUCCUUCCCAUGGAGAUGUACAAGGAGUUUGCAGAGUACACCACCAACAACUACAUGCUGCUGUGCUCUGUGCUCGAGCCCGGGAUUAGCGUCAAGAACAAGGAGGAGAUGGCGUGUGCACUGGUCCACAUUCUGCAGAGCACGGGCAAGGCCAAGGACUUCCUCACAGACUUAAUGAUGUCGGAGGUGGACCGCUGCGGGGAGAACGAGCACCUCAUCUUCAGAGAGAACACGCUCGCCACAAAGGCCAUCGAGGAAUACCUCAAACUGGUGGGACAGAAGUACCUGCAGGACGCCCUGGGCGAGUUCAUCAAGGCUCUGUACGAGUCAGAUGAGAACUGCGAGGUGGAUCCACCCAAGUGCUCGUCGGGUGACCUCCCAGAACACCAGAGUAACCUGAAGAUGUGCUGUGAGCUGGCCUUCUGCAAAAUCAUCAACUCAUACUGUGUCUUUCCCCGAGAACUGAAAGAGGUCUUUGCCUCGUGGCGACAGGAAUGCAGCAACCGGGGUCGACCAGACAUCAGCGAGCGACUGAUCAGUGCGUCUUUGUUCCUGAGGUUUCUGUGUCCGGCCAUCAUGUCCCCAUCACUUUUCAAUCUGAUGCAGGAGUAUCCCGAUGACCGCACGGCGCGCACCCUCACGCUCAUCGCCAAAGUCACCCAAAACCUGGCCAACUUCACCAAAUUUGGUAACAAGGAAGAGUACAUGUCCUUCAUGAACCAGUUCCUGGAGCACGAGUGGACCAACAUGCAGCGCUUCUUGCUCGAAAUCUCAAAUCCUGAGACGAUCUCCAACACGGCGGGCUUCGAGGGGUACAUCGACCUCGGCAGGGAGCUGUCCACGCUGCACUCCCUCCUGUCUGAGGUGGUGUCUCAGAUAGACCAGAGUGCGGCCUCGAAGCUGGGUCCUCUGCCCAGGAUCCUGCGGGAGGUGAACACAGCUCUGUCCAACCCGUCAAGUGUCCAGAUGACACCCGGGCAGUCCUCGGAGCAAAUGGGCUCGCCGCCCGCCGAGGCGAGCUGUAGCAUCUCCACUGGUCUGCAGAAGAUGGUCAUAGACAAUGAACUUUCAGGAUUGGUUGAUUUUACCAGGUUACCCUCCCCAACCCCAGAAAACAAGGACCUAUUCUUUGUGACACGGAGCUCAGGGAUCCAGCCCUCCCCAGCACGCAGCUCAAGCUACUCCGAGACCAACGAGCCGGACCUGGGCAUGGCAAAUGGCAGCAAAAGCCUGUCCAUGGUGGACCUCCAGGACCCACGCAGUCUGGAAGGUGGCCCGGGUCCUUGUACCUCAGACACUUUGGGUGAAGGCCCAGGAUCUGGUGGGGGCUGGUCAGCCAGAGUCCCACAAGGCAACAUCCUCGGAGGUCCAACCUUGAGAAGGCCAGGCCAGACCCCCACCACCCCAGGAACAGAAAGCACCCCAGGUCGACCCGCCCAACUGCUCGCCCCCCUAUCCUUCCAGAAUCCAGUUUACCAGAUGGCAGCCUGCCUGCCUGUCUCCCCGCGCGGGAUGACCGACUCAGGGUCAGAGUGCCACAGUUCUGUUAGUUCCCACAGCAACAAUGAGGAGGGAUCCGCAGGAGGAAAACAUGCCUUCUUGAACCAUGGUGGUGGUGGUGGUGGCGGCGGUGGUGGGGGGAGCAGCGGGGACGAGUACGCCAGGCGUUCGGGCGAGUUUAACCGCCGACAACUAUCCCUCACGGAAAUGCAGCACCAGCCCACCGUCCCCAGACAGAACAGUGCUGGCCCACAGCGGAGGAUAGACCAGCCCCCGCCUCAGAGCAUCACCCGGGGCCGCACCCCGCCGAACCUGCUAAACAGCGGCCCCUACCCCCGGCCCUCGUCUGGCAGCAUGAUGACAUCAUCCCCCGACUGGCCCGGAAGCGGUGCUCGGUUACGGCAGUCCUCUUCUUCCAAAGGUGACAGUCCUGAGACCAAGCAGAGGGCUCACCAUAAACAGGCCCCCUCCCCUGUGAACCCAAGUGCGCUGGACCGCACAGCAGCCUGGCUAUUGAAUAUGAAUGUGCAGUAUUUAGACCAUGAGGGGACGGAUCCCGAGUCACUGAGAAACAGAGAGGAUCUGACUCAGGUGGAGAAGUACCAGCAGGAGAUCGCGUUGCUGCAGGAGAAGCUGCGGGCGUCGGUGCAGAAGCUGGAGGAGUACGAGGCCCGGCUGAAGGGUCAGGACGAGCAGGCCCAGAAGGUGUUGAUGGAGUACCAGGCGAGGCUGGAGGAGUCGGAGGAGCGCCUGCGCCGACAGCAGGACGACAAGGACCUGCAGAUGAAGGGCAUCAUCAGCAGGUUAAUGUCCGUGGAAGAGGAACUGAAGAAGGAUCAUUCCGACAUGCAGGCGGUCGUCGACUCCAAACAGAAAAUCAUCGAUGCACAGGAGAAGCGUAUAGCGUCGCUGGAUGCAACCAAUGCCCGUCUGAUGGGCACUCUGACCCAGCUGAAGGAACGCUAUAGCAUGCAGACCCGCAACGGCAUCUCCCCCACCAACCCCACCAAACUGCAGAUCACCGAGAACGGAGAGUUCAGGAACAGCAGCAACUGCUAGACGGGCCGCUAUCUGCCCCCCCCAGCCCACCCCACCCUCAG